CGUUGACGCACUGUACGGUUUACGAUUCUAAAUCUCCGAGCAGAUUUGUCUCUCACGCAGUAUGGUGAGGUGAGUGGAUACCUUGUUUUGACAACUUCCAGCCAAAGGUUUAGGAAAUAAGAAAAAAACAUCAUUUGAUAGGGUGAUGAGGAGGCUAACACGCAUUGAUGCAUUCAUUUAGACAUUGUAUUGCUUUCUUGUUUAUUGUUUUACGCACAUAGAACAUUCGGAGUUUUUCAACGGACAUACUUUCAGUAGCACAGCCAGCUACUGGAUGGCUCGUACUGAUUUUUAUUGACAGUGGUGCUACUCCAGGAUUACUGUGGUUUAUUCCUGGACAAUAUUACAUUUAUUUACACAUUACCGGGAAUACCUCAUCCAUGACAGGCUGGCUCCCUAAAGUGAAUGAUCAAUUAUAACAGAGAAAUGAAACUCCGACCAGAGCCAGGGAAUGACUCGAGAUUAGAAAUCUUUGUUCGACCAUAUUUGCUCCUGCUUUAGUGCUUGUGAAACAAAGCAAAAUCAAACAGACAAUUUCAGAUCAGUGACAGACAACAUCAAAAGGAUACAAUAUGUCCAGAACGCUGAAAAAGAAGAAACAUUGGUCCAGCAAAGUGCAGGAGUGUGCCGUGUCAUGGGGAAGCCUCGGAGAAUUCGGAAAUGUGGUGGAGGUGUUGGGGGGUGCCGAACACGGAGAGUUCCCUUACUUGGGCCAGAUGAAGUUGGAUGUAAUGGUGUGCCACGUCGGGAGAAUGCCGUAUUUUGGGGACGUUUUGUUGGAGAUCAACGGAACCCCCAUCAGUGGACUUACAAACCGCGACACGCAUGCAGUCAUUCGCCACUUUCGGGAGCCCAUUCGUUUGAAGACUGUCAAACCAGGGAAGGUUCUGAACACGGACCUGCGCCACUACCUCAGCCUGCAGUUCCAGAAGGGCUCUUUGGACCACAAGCUACAGCAGGUCAUCCGGGACAACCUCUACCUGCGCACCAUCCCCUGCACCACACGGCUGCCAAGAGAAGGGGAGGUGCCGGGGGUGGACUACAACUUCAUCAGCGUGGGAGACUUCCGUAUCCUGGAGGAGAGUGGCCUUCUGCUGGAGAGUGGAACCUACGAUGGUAACUACUAUGGGACCCCCAAGCCCCCAGCAGAGCCCACCCUGGUGCAGCCUGACCUGGUGGAUCAGGUGCUGUUUGAUGAGGACUAUGACAACGAGGUCCAGCGUAAACGCACCACCUCCGUCAGUAAAAUGGACAGGAAGGACAGCGUGGUCCCUGAGGAGGAGGACGAUGAUGAGAGGCCACCUCUGGCCAAUGGCCUCCCAGAGCAUAAAGAGGGGGCAUCAUGGAGGAAGGCGGUGCCCAGCUACACCCAGUCCAGCAGUGCAAUGGACUUCCGUACGUGGAGCUCUCUGCCCCGCGACGACAGUUUGGAACCACUGCCUCUCAACUGGGAGAUGGCCUACACCGAGACGGGCAUGGUCUACUUCAUAGAUCACAACAGCAAGACCACCACCUGGCUUGACCCCCGCCUAGCCAAGAAAGCCAAGCCCCCGGAGAAGUGUGAGGAUGGAGAGCUUCCGUAUGGCUGGGAGGAAAUAGAGGACCCACAGUAUGGAACAUAUUAUGUAGAUCACAUCAACCAGAGCCCA